AUGCCCGUCGCUCUCAAACUCCGUACCAUCACUCGUCCAUUCCUCCAGCAACCAGCGCUCUUCAAACAAACUUCAAUCAGAAUGUCUUCCACAAACCAGCACGGACAGGGCGCGUCCCACGCCACCGGCGAGUCUGCAGUUCCCAACAAGGUCCAAGAGGCUGCGCCCAAGGGUCUUGAGGAUGCUCUUCCCGAAGGUGUUCACCCCACUGGCUCAAACCCAAACAACCAGAGCACCAACCAGACCCACGCAAAGGACGGUGGUGAUGCGUCGAUCGUCCCCAAGAAGAUCCAGGAGAAGCUUCCCGAGUCGGUUGAACGUGCUGUUCCCAACGUGAUCCAUGACACUGGCGAUAAAUAA